UCCAGGCGUCUUGGGGAGGAAGUGACAUCAUGUGGUUCGCGCUGCUUUCGGCCUGGAGGGAGGAUGCGGUUCCCCGCGCUUUGAGUUGCGUGGCCGCCCAGCAUUCCAGCAGCCGACAUCUGGCAGGAGGCUCCUCAGCCAGCGCGUCCCCUUGAUCUCAGACACAGAUGCUGGUUUCAGAGCGGCUGCUAGAGGCAGCAGGACUAACAGCUCAGGGGCCAGGCCAGGCUGUGCAGUUCGGGGGGGCUGUCAGUCCGGAGCGGGGCUCUGUUCACACCAGGGCUGCUGCUCCUAAAAACCUCCCCGCUCCACGUGCCGCCUCUGGUGGCCUCAUGGAGUUACCCUCCCGUCUCCUCCCCAUCCUGCCCCUGAGCUCUGCUCCUCGGUCUCUGUGCAAGGUCCGUUUGGGUGAGGGAUCCCGGGCUGUACACGCCGCCUGAUGGCAAGGAGCUGUGUGUCUGUAACAUGACGCGGCAUCUGAUCGAUUCCAACAUUUCAGGGAAUGGUCUAGUCACCAGUGGGCAGAACCUCAUGGAUUUUGUGGAAAAUUAGUGAACCAGAAGCAAGAAACUGAGGACCUCUGUUGGCAAAUGAAGAAGAGCCCCUCUCCUUCUCCUGCAUGUGCCUUCCCUUCUGUCUCCAGCCUGCUCUCCUUUAUCCUCAUCCUCCCCUGCUGCUCCUGGUGCUUUUCUCCGAGCUCAGCAUUCCCUCAGUGCUGCUUCUCCAGCUAGUCUGAUGCUGCUUAUUCAGCUCUUUGCCCAGCUUCUAGAGCCAGGCAGAGAUGGGGAGCAAGGAGACUGCGAUCAAAGCAACGUCUACGCAGUGAUCAGAGCAAAGGCUGUCUCCGGAAAAGAGGUGGAUUCUGGGAAUGAUGUUUAUGGGAAUCCAAUCAAACGGAUCCAGUAUGAGAUCAAGCAGAUAAAGAUGUUUAAAGGACCUGACAAGGACAUAGAGUUAAUUUACACAGCUCCUUCCUCGGCUGUGUGCGGGGUGUCACUGGACACCGGAGGGAAGAAGGAAUAUCUCAUUGCAGGCAAGUCCGAAGGCAAUGGCAAGAUGCACAUCACACUGUGCGACUUCAUCGUCCCUUGGGACUCCCUGAGUGCCACCCAGAAGAAGAGUCUGAACCAGCGGUACCAGAUGGGCUGCGAGUGCAAGAUCUCCCGCUGCCCCUCCAUUCCGUGCUUCGUGUCGUCUUCGGAUGAAUGUCUCUGGACAGACUGGGUGACGGAGAAGAACAUCAACGGGCGACAGGCUAAGCAUUACGCCUGCAUCAAGAGGAGCGACGGCUCGUGCGCAUGGUAUCGUGGCAUGGCCCCACCCAAGCAAGAGUUUCUCGACAUCGAGGACCCCUAAGCUGAAUAGCUGCAUUCCAGUACCCAAUAGAAAGGCCUGCAAGAAAUUAGACUGGUCCACCUCUGACAUCACUUCCUGGAAACAGCAUGAAAAUUCAGUAUCCCAAGUGGGUCCCAAUCGGGGAGAUUAAAUGCCACGUGCUUCCAAAGUGGGGUGAGGGGCCACACCAUUGUAUUUAGUCCCCAGCUGUGCUUUCCCAUUCCUUCCUUUCACAGGUGCAGUGGGGCAAGGGAUGGCUUCAUACUGUUCAGGGGAGAAUCCUGAACAAGCCGGACUUUGAUCCACAAGAUCCCAGCGCUGUUCUGGAGGAAACCAGAAUGCUGGAGGGUUGAUGUCUCUCACUCUGUGUAGCAGGCCUACCAGGUUCCCCUCACCUGGGGCUGGAGUGUCCCUUGCUUUGGGUAGCUCCUGCCCCUCGAUCCCCCAGCACAUUGGCGUCUCUUUUCAAACAGGCUUCUCCACUGCCAGCGGAUACACCAGCAUUCCCCAAAUCUCCUUUGUAAGCCCUCUAGUCCUACUGCCCCCCUUGUCACACACACCCCCACCUCUGGGGCUAGAAGGGAGAGUCAGUGAAAGGUAGCACUGGCUGAGAGUCCCAGCUGGACUGCAGGCACCAGGAAAGGAUUUGGCUCUAGUGAAGUCUCCUUAGCCCUUUGUCAAGUAAGAUAAAGGCCCUUUGCACUGACACAGUGUCCCUGUGAUCCCCAGCAUCAGCAGAACCAUCUUUUGAGGGGGACCAGAGAGUCCCCUUCUCACUCAUUUGCAAGCACUGUUGUUAUUUCAUGCUUCCCUCCAAGUCAGUGGGUGCUGAGGUUGGACCUCUGGGGUGGUGCAUGUAUGAGACCCCUGUAGGCUUUGGUCCUGUGCCUUCAUCCUGGCAGUUUAGUAAAGAAAGCCAAUCCCCUGGUGGGUAUGCGUGUUCCCUGCUGUAGUGUAGCUGCUGGAUUUGUGUCCUAGUGCAUGCUUGUGCCGUCAGCAUAGUGCUAAUGCCAAGUUCCAGGUUAGGGGAAGGAUUUAGUUACCGUUUAGCCUGUCGGACUAUGCAGACAGCAGAGGUGGUAUUGUGAAUUCAUUGCUCAGCAGGACAAUGAACUGAGAACGCUCUAGCCCCACAGACAGUGGCAUGCUGACAAUGACCCAGAGCAGCUUCCCUUGCCGAGAGCCUUUAUUCCCAGCAAAUUGUGUGAAUGCAGGAGCUGGCAAAUGGAAGCUUAUUCCAAGUGUUCUGCCGAGAAACACAGCGCGGUGAGAGGGACCCCCCCAGGACGCGGUAUUUUUAUACCCACUGACGGCUGUUUGCUGAUCUCAGCUGUGAGGCUUCUGACCGUGAGCUGUAAUAAAAGUAAAGCUUUUCAGACCCUCUUCUCCUACGCAGUGAGGGUGCACCCGCGCGCGCACACACAACAAACCUGGCCUCUGGCUGCCUACAACCGAAGGCCCCACAUCCUUCUGUGAAACCCGCCCAGCCAGCCUCAACCCCAUUCUUCUUCGGAGCCCGUUCCAUUUUGCGGAGGCACUAGAGAGCGCUGCAGAGCUAGCCCACCUGGAACGCAGACAGCACAGACCUUUGUGAGAGAAAAUCCGGAUCUCCUGGCUAGAGCAGGUUUGGGCGUAUCCUGAAAUUAUCCCUGAGGACCAGCUUCAGGGGCAUUUUCAUGCUGUGCAUCGGUGUAAGAUUUUAAUGAUGUCAUAUUGGACCAGUCUGGGUGACUUCAAUAUAUAAAAAUGAAGAGGGAAAAAAACUAAUCAAUUCAAUAUAAGACUCCUGUUUGCUUACUGUAUGGUUAUAUCAUAGGUGACAUUUACUCCUGUCUCUGCUCUAUCUUUGAUUUUAAGGUUUCAGUUCGUUUUGGCAUCCGCUGUAUCAUUCCUGUGCUGUAACUUUUUAAUUUCCUUGUUAGCUAUUAGAACUGCACUUAUUUUUUUUAAACGCAUUUCUGCAUUGGAAGCAUUCAACAUGAAGUGGGAAGAGUGUCGAGAAAGUCUGUGGAGGGUUGAGUCCUCCAGAUUUUUCUGUUUGUUAUUUUCCCUCCUCCCUAUCCCCCUCUUCUGCAAAGUGCACAAGUCUUCAGAAGUUGGAUUUGAAGAUGGGAUGUACCAUACAUGUGCCUCUUUCUAGUUUGUCUCCAAGGCCUUGCUGAACAACAAUAUCACGACUGUCGGCAAGCACGAUAGGUGAGCCUCACACAAAAUAACUGCAAAAAUCUCUUUCUAUAUGUCAGGUAUAUGAAGGAUGCUUGAUUGGCUUUUUUAAUUUAUGUCUUCUGUUCUCGGUUCCAUUCUCUGCCCUUCCUUCCUAGCUCCAGUCUCCUCCUCCAUGCAAGCAAUUUAAAAUAUUUAAAAAAAUAAAAAGUUUACAUUAUAGUUAUUUUCAAAUCUUUGCUUGAUAAGUAUUAAAAAUAAGGAGUAUCUAACUUGCUGCCAUAAUUUAAAGCUUUUGGGUGGGGUUUUUGUUUGGGUUUUUUUGGAGCAAUAUGUUUUUGCUGGAAUCUGAAGUCUGAGACCUUCUUGUGCUGGAAACACAUGAAAGUUGUUGAAUAAUGACAAGCAGACUGUGCAUGUCUCUGACGCUUUGUAUAAUUCAUAUGUGGACGUUCAGUCUUUGGACAAUAAACAGUAUUCUAAAAAAUUA